AUGUUCACGUCCCGCGUGGUGUGGGGCCUGUCCCGCCCCCUGCUGUACGUCACCGCGGUCGCCUCUUUCGUGGUCACCUACGAGACCCUCCGCCAGGCCGGGUACCUGCCGGAUGGCGCCCCCACCAUCCAGCUGACCACCAAGGAGCCCUUUGGCCUGACCUCGUUUGCGCUGUCGCUGCUCCUGGUGUUCCGCACCAACUCCAGCUACGGCCGUUGGGACGAGGCGCGUAAGAUGUGGGGUCUGGUGCUGAACAGGUCCCGCGACAUCGUCCGCCAGGGCCUGUCCUACAUCCCCGAGGACAAGCCCGAGCUGCGGGAGAUGAUGGUGCGCUGGACCCCUGCCUUCAGCAAGUCCCUCAUGUGCCACCUGCGCAAGGGCGAGGACCUGCGGGAUGAGGUCAAGGUGGGCGGCAGGGGUUUGGAUGUCCAGUUUUUUGGAUAA